GAGGCCUCUGCCAUUAUAUCUUCCCUUUCAAAUGCAGUUUAAAAGUAAUGGAAAUGUUUAAAUUUCGUGGAUUCUGUUUCCUAAUGCCUCUUCAUUUAUCAUACCUGCUUUAACUGAGAUAAAGUUGCAAUGCUGUGUUCCAUUAUCUGGCUUUAAAGUCAAGGGUUUGUUGUGUCUCUUGGUGGAUUUUCUUAGCAGAAGUAUGAGAAUCUUCUCGCCUGUACAGUCUGUACCUGGAGAUCUUUUGAGAGCUGCUGUCUUGAGACCCUCGUGUCUGAUCUAAGACUCUUGCUGUAUUUGGAUUUCAUGUUACCCAAUAUUGUUUUUCCCUUGCAUUUGUAAGAAAAGCCUGUACAAACAAUGCUCUGCUGUUUCCAAACACUGCAAAGUUCUCCCCUUUGCUUCCUGUUUUUGUAGCGUGUUUGUGAAAAGACCUUGUCUUCUUUGCACUGGAGUUAGCAUUAAUGUGAAGGCAUUCAGUAUUAGCUACUGUGUGUUCCAGCACGCAGGGACCCGAGUUUCUCUUCAGCAAGCAUUAUUACCCUUUAUUUAUGGUAAGACUAGAUUAAAAAGAUCUGUGCGUGUAAAAGUGAAAGCACAGUGUUAAAUUAUGCAGUCAUGAGCUUGUUAUUUCCCCUCCCCCCAAGCAUGCGAGCCAGUUAGUAACCUAGUGAUCUAUACAUGAGGCUUUAAUUGGAUGUAUGCCCAGAGUGCAGAUUAAUAUGGAAAAGCUAUAAAGGCAUGGGUUCACAAACUUUGACCACAGGAGGACCAGCUGUGUGAUCCCAUGUGGAAUGUGUGAGGGAUUCUCAAAACAAAGGAAUACCUUCAUGUAUUUGGGCAGAUUUGCAUGUAAACCACAGGAUACAGGGGUGAUGUCUUUGCCUUAAAGUCAAUAGACUUGAUCAAAUAGGACUUCUCAGACUAGUGUUCACUUGUUCACUUCGUGUUUCUUAGGAGUGCUUUAGACGGGGCAGAGCAGCACCUGUGGCCUCUGUAAUUUACCCGACUUCUUAAGGUUUAGUUUUGAAAUUGUUGAAGUUUUGUUUUUACGAUUGGAUAUAAUCUUGGCUGCCUUUGGAGCUAAGGGCCGGGGGGGGGUGGUGUGUGGGGGUGUUGAAUCUCCCUGUAGUGAAAUGAAAACGAGCAGAUGUCUUGACUGCAGCUGGCUAGAGAUGAAUCAUUUCAUAUACACUUGCCUGGAGAACAUGAUCUUAUUCCUCUAUAAACCUACACUCCAGAGAGAAGGGAGAAUCCCCAUUAGUCAAUGACACCCUCCUGGCCUAAACUACCAGUGUUUCUAGUUUGCAAAUCACAUGAAGUACAUACAGACUACUAGCUGUAUUCAGCAAAGGCUUUCUCAAGUUUAAAAACACUUGUGACACAGAUUUUGUGUCUCUUACGGGAAAUUUUUUUAAAUUAAAGUUACGGUAUUCCUAAAUGUGUAAGAACAGCCACAGUCACAGCCCUUUGUCCAUCAAACCAGUUUAAUAAUGAUAAAAUCUUUUAAGUUGGCACAGUAUUACAGUAAAAUAUCAAUGAAUAGGAGAGCCCUGUUGCAGGGUAGCUGACCUUCCUGACCCUUCAUCUGAUGGCGAGGAAUAAGAUGUAUAUCACCUAUUUCAAAACUCUCUUCUUCCGCCUCCCGUUUCCCCAUGACUUUUGGGAAAGGGCUGGCAUGUUCAGAAAGAAGAGUGGUGGCCCUGGAUGUUAAGUAGUUGCAGAAGAUAAGGUAACCCUAAUUAAAAGUUUGUGCAAGUAGUUUCAGCGUGUGAUUCCAGCCAUUUGCCUGACUAACGAAGGUGGGGAAUAGUCCUCAGCUCUCUGCCUGCAGCAAGAAUAUGGGAAUUGAAGUGACUCAUUCUCAGGGACAUGGCAGUGGGAAUGAGGCAGUGCUGUGGUUGCAGAUAGUUCCCUGGAAGUCCCUGUUGUGCAGAAUGCAUUAAUUGAAGAGAUUCAUGAGCUGCUUAAUGUCACAUCACUUCAUUUCCUCAUCAGAAAACUGGAAGUCUCACCUGUAUGGGGAAAAACAGGAGCUUUCCGGUUCUGAGUAAAUCUCAACCUGUGCAAAAAGAGGUCGUAUAUGUCACCCAGCAUAUUGUCCUAUGUCGAAUGUGUUGCUGAGUAGCUUGAUUUUAUUUUGUUUUUUGUUUGUUUGUUUGCCACCCUAUCAGCUGUGGGUCCAGAGACAGCAGUGUAAAGAUGUGCGUGUCUGAGCACACAGAAGUGAGCAGUAGAGAUGAGGAGGGAUCUGCUUGCUGCUAGUUUCUUUGUUGGAGUGCAGCAGAAGGAUGGAUGCUUCCUCUUUGUAACUGGUUGUCACCUGCAAUAAUUGCAUUGGUCUUGGAAGAAGUGGCAUAUCUUCAUAUCCAAGAGAGAGUGCCUGGUGUAGGAAACCCCUGCAGAGAGCUGGAAAUACAACGUGCUGCUGUGUGGUCUUUGCCUGAUGCAGAGUGGAUGGGAGCACAUGUAUCUCUGGGGAAUGUACUCCUGCGGAUAGUAGCGUGUUCCUGGUAGGCAGAUCCGAUGCAUUGUGUAGGCAGCAGAAAAUAAACAUUGCAGCCCACCGUUUGCAGAUUUAAUCGGGAGAAGGGAAUAUGCUGCAUUUAUGGAAAUCAGCCUUGCCACGCAUGAUAUCUCAGUCUUUACAAUCAGAUGUACCCUAGUGCUGGUUUUCCCCAAGUGCAGGUAUUUCUGACUCUCUGGCCUGUGCAGGUCCAGGUGAGAGCUGGUACAGAGUGAGUCCUGUCGCAUUUGCCGUAGUUUAUCACAUGGCCUCUUGAGACACUGCUUCAGCCUGAGUUUUUAACCCUUUAUUAGUUUUAUGACAUGGGAAACAUUGCACAGGAUAAUACAGUUUAGCAUUUUAAUAGCUACUUGUUCUUUUUUUUUUUUUUAAAAAAAGGGUGAACUUUUCUUACUUUUUUGAGUAGAAAUUGUAAAAUUCAAGAUUCCUGCAUCUUGAUUGCAUUUCUAAGUGUAAAACAUUUGUGAAGGUGAUUGUGUCUUAAAGCUUUUGAUCUGAUCCUUGGCCAAGGAGAGCUGGUCAGUGUGAGGAGAUGCCCUUUCCUGUGACUUUAUGUACCACUGCUAUCCUGAGUUUUGGGAGAAUUGGUGAGACGUUAGGGCUGGAGUUGAGCACCUUUUGUCCUUCGAACAUCUAAUUCCACCAGGAGGUCACAGUGGUUUUGGUUUCAUGCUGCACACUUGCAUCUACCUUUCACAGCCAUAAGGCCUUAGCUGUGUUCUUUGUCUGUGGCGAGCUGGUAAAGUAACAAGAAGUACCUUUUAGAUCCAGUAAUAACCUAGUUUUCCUUCAUCGAUGCCUUUGGGAACAUUUCAGUACUUUGCCUGGCAAUGUAUCACUACUCUGAAUUGCAUGUGGAAAAAUGUCUGAAGCAAAUUAAACAAAUGACUUGUGAGUAAAUGAUCAAGUCAAAACACUGUCGAGAUGAAAGUCAUUGAGUUGAUGGGUACAGUCUAUAUGUGACUAGGAAACCUUUAAAUAUGGCAAGAGAAAAAAUUGACCAUAGUAGACAAAGUUGCAGUUGAGAUUUCUGUGACUUAAGAAAAAUAUUCUCUUUAUUCCCGUGGUUUAUUAUUUCUGUGGUGACACGACACAAGCUAUUGCAAACACAAGGAGUCUUAGCGGAAGAUCCAACAGGUUGCCUGUUUCAGCAAAGCCUGGCUUGAGACUUAUUUCGACGAAUUAAAGUGGAGAGAUUGGGAGUGGAAAAAAAGAAAAUGAUUCUUCUGGCAUUGUAUUUGUGGUUUGGCACAUCUAGAUCCUGGGAGUCCAUUCCAUUGUUUUUACUCAUAGCAUCCUUCUCUCUUGUUGGGAAUCACUAUGAGUGAUUUGGCAUCUGUACCAUACUAGUAAAAACAAUCUUAACUACUUAUAAUUAAUGAAUUGUGUAUGCUGGCAGUCACUGGUUUGAGGGGAUGUAAUAACAAACAUACGGACAAUGUGAAUUGUACAUUGACUGGCAAUGUAUGUCAGAGAAAAGAGCUGCUUUGUUUAUCUGGUGCUGGGUUGCUUUAGCAUGUGGACUUUUAAAUAAGUGGUACUUUAAGAAAGUGUAUCAGUUGCUUGAACUGAAGUGUAUAUCUUGGCUGAAAAAAUGCCAUGAUUUUAUAUCAUAAUAUAUAUCACGACAUGAAACAGUUGUGAAGACAAGAUGCUGUCAUGUUUUCCCUAUUGUAUCUAUCUGGUUUCAUUAGGUGGGAAAUAUAUACUGAAGUAACCUUCCUGUGCCCUGUUGCACCAUUUAUUUAUGUAUUUUAAAUUAGGAUGGAAUGGUAUAAAACAAAGCCAGAUUGAGAUGCAGCAAGUGAAAGAAUAAUGUUUCUUCAAAUGGUAGUACUUUUUUUCCAGUUUUGUCGUUCUUGGUGGAGAGAAAUCAGUACUUCUUCUUAUCAAGAGUUGAUCCACAGCAAGAUAUUUCAACAAAACAAGCUACUUAUUUCUGAAGAGAGGAUUUGUUUUGGGAACACUUUAGUGGUGCAGACUCUUAUGGUCCAUCUUUGGACUGUCUUUUUAGGAUGCAUGUGUAUGUCUGAUUCACUUGAGAACUAGAUAGGACGGUGCUCACUUUACUUAGAUUCUUUUGUUUUUGAGUAUUCCUGCCAACGUAGAGAUCUUAAAAAAUGCCUGUUUCCCUAUGGAAAGAGGAUCAUUUUAGGGAGAGCUGAUGUUCUGGGCAGUAUAUCCAAGAUAACUAGAGAUGCUAGAGAAAGCAGCCUCAGGAACAAUAGGGAGGCUUUAAAAAGCCAUUUAAUUUGUGCCAAGCUGCUGCUGCUUUUUUUUUUUUUUGGUUGUCAUAGAAAUGUGCCAGUCUGUGUCUCUCACAGAUGAGCUCACUAAAUGAAUGGCUGUGCAGGAUGAGUCUGGUUUCAAUGAAGAUGUUUAUACUUGGAGAACACAGAUGGACUUAAACCACAGCCCAGAAUCUAAACACCCCUGAGCUCCUAGGGGAGGGGAGCGAUAGGAAAUGAAAUCUGGAUUUUAUUGCUCAGGCCUGCAUCUGUCCUCCUUGAUUUGGCUUUCUGAGUUUUAUUAUGGGAAAGUAAGAGAGGAAUAUUAUCUGCAGCGAAGAGGGUUUGUUUGUUGUUGGGCUUCAGGGCAGAGGAUGAUUUUAGAUUUGGCCCAACUCCAUUGGGUUGGUAGAACUUUCCUGCCUAGAUGUCUUUGCAGGACCAUCACAGCUGAGGUUAAUUAGUUGCAAGGGUAUUACUGUAAUGUGCAGUCUUUGACAGGUAUUUUUUCUGUCAUUUCUGUGCCUCUGUUACUCUUUGUCUUUUGAAGUAAAAUAUUUUGAAUGAGAGCUGUCAAUCUUAUCUCCAGCACCGUGUGUAAAAUGCUGUAAUAUAGGUUUGGUGGAAGUUUACACUUAAAUUUUGCUGGUGCAAAUGACUCUGAAUGGUUGAAUCAGCAUUGAAUUUAUGAAAUACUAAAGAAUUUGCAGAUGACACAACUAGUAAUCUUCAGUGAGGUCUGUCAUUGAGUGUUGAACCAAUGUAGUGCAGUCAACAAACACAGGUUGAUAUUCAGUGCGGGUAAAAAUGCCCUUUGCAGGUUUUAGUCUCUGGAUUGAUUGUUUAUGAGCAUAAUUCCGUGAAUUAUUUUUACUUCCAAGAAGCCCAUUAAAUCUUUAUUUUCAUCUCCAUUUGGCACUGCCAGAAUGCCUCAAAGUAGCUUAGGUGUAGAACGACAAUAGCUACAGUAUCUCCAGGGUUUUCAGGUAUCUGAGUGGUUUGUUUAUCUGGCUGUCUUGCUUUCCUCUGUUUUCUAUUCCUGGAGCUGGGCUGCCGGAAACGAUGCAUGUUGCUGAAUGCGGAAUAGUCCUUGCUGUGCCAAGGCGUGUACUUGGAAGAAUGGGAUACUCUGUCCUAUGAAUUGGCAUAAAUAACCAAGAAUAUGGAAUAAAUGAAAUACUGGCUUUUUUUUUUUUAGUAUUUUCAACAAGUGGAAAGGUGGAAUGUAGCAUCUUUUUGAAUGAAAUCCCCCCUUAACAGAAGUUUUCACUGUUGCAAAAUACCUUAAGGACUUUCCACUCAGACCUGUUUGAGUAUAUUUGAGCCUCAACUUUGGGCGUAGAAUUAAACAACCUUGUGCAGACUUUUCUCUUGAUACUCUGUUUUUUGCCCUUUAGUUGCUCUUGAGUGUCCUGCUUGAACUUGUGCGGGAAGACAGGUUGGCCUACAGUUGCCUUGUCUUUUAAUGAGCUGUUGUGUGUCCCCUGCUGUGGAUCUCAGCGCUUUGCUGGCGUGCAGUCCGGCCGCUUAGGAAAACUGCGGAUGAGGAAAGUGGUGAAAACUGGAAUUUUUGGGACAAAUUCGUUUAUAAAGCUGCUUCAUUUUUUUUGCUAGAGCUCUCUGAAUAAUUUGUCCUGUAUCUCUUUUAGUUUUGUAAUAAAUACCAAAAAUUGACAAUAGCAUUUUCUUUUCCCAAAAUUCGUCUCCUUUAUUUGUUUUCGUAAGGGCCUUUCCGGAAAGGAAAUGCACAACUGAUUACAUUGUAUUUAAGGAACUAUAAAGUGAUCAGUGUGACUCCUGCCAAAUGUGUGGAAUUAAGAUGGAAACAAUUAAAUGACCAUUUAAAAAUAUAUUUUUUCAGUUGUAUCCUAGAAGUUGGACUACAAUAUUUCAGACAGAAGUUUUUUAGUUAUUGCCACUGUUUUCAGUAUGCCCUGGUUAGGUUCAAACAGUAUCAAAGCAGGAAUGCUGAAGAAUCACAGAGGCCAUAUAGGAUGCAUUUGCAGUUUUACUUGCGUGAGAAGUUUGCAGUGAUGCUAUAAUAUUGAAAAUUGUCACUUUUGCUGUAAGACCAUUGGUUGGCUGCUAUUGGAAAUGACCAGUUUCACUGUAGGAGUGUUCCCUUUUUAUCUGAGAUCAUUAAAAUGUUAAAAUCUCUUGUUUUUACUCCUGUAAUUGGCCUAGGUCACCCUUCUUGGGUAAGGGGUGGUUUUGGGUAUUUUUUUUUUUUGCUUUGUUUUUUUUUUACUUUUAAUUUGAAACAUAGUUUUAACAUUUGGAUUGUUUGAAACAAAAACAAGAGAAGUCCCAACAUGAACACUGAGUAUUUUUAAAGGACUUUAUGGCUCUAAGUUCCUAACACAGUCCAGAUGUCUCCUAUCUCUGUGCUUUCUGUAGCAUAUUCUGGCGCAGUGUCGUUGGAUUUUGAAGUUGGUCCAAGCUGUGUGCCAAGUCCUGAAAUAAAGUAAAUCAGUGAGUUGUUCUUGGACGUUUCUUCUUAAUCCAAACCAACCCAAAUCAAACUUUAGCUCUGACCUCAGGACUGCACAUUCAAAUAUUUUCCUUUGCCUCUUCAGUUUCAAAGUAGCAAAAGCAGGAGAUUACCACUUUGCAGUAUUUAAACAGAGGCUUGUGUGACAUCCGUGCAGCUGAAGCAACUGUGUUACUUGGGACCUGGUGCUUCUUAAAACACCAGUGGUGUUUGCCAGCGCUGCGAUUCUUCUUCAUGAUUCCUGUCGCUGGGUCAGGAUGGGAAAGGAUUUAUUCGGAGGUGUGUGUCGUGUUCACAAUUAGAUAACAACCAAAGGAAUUAUCCUGAAGUAUUCUUUUGCAAGUGUUUCUGCCUAGAUGUCUUCGAAAUUAUCAAAAGGAAACACCUGGUAAACCUCCAAAACAGCAGAACUGAGUUCUAGGAUAAGCACUGUCAUUUAUCUUUCCUUAUGCAAGCUCGUCUCUCCAUUUUAUUUAAGCACUCCAUUGAGGUUGUCCAAGCACGCAAAUAUACCGUGACUCAAUGGGCCACCUGUUCUUGUUUAACAUUCUAGUGACAGCAGUUUAUGGGGAAUAAAGGUAUUGGGGCGGUAGUGUUGUUUUUAACAGUAGUUUAGUUGAUGGACCAAAGGAGACUCAACAGUAUGUGACACAAAUUCUUUGCAGAACAUCAGUAGGUUUGAGAUGUGCUGGUUUGAGUCUUAGCUUUUAUCUCGUGGUUGGCCAGAAUUAAACUGUAUCUGUUGUCCAAUGCUUUGUUAGACCCAGCUUCCACUGAAAUGGAUGUGAAGCCUUCCUUUGGCUUAGUGGGCUUUGCACUGAGUCCUCAAACGUGUGUGAUCUACCGUGUGUUUUGUUGUGGGUGAUGGUCCUUGGUACAGGCAGUGUCAGAACAGGGAGGAUGCUGGAGUCUGGGGGAAUGGAUGUUUCCAGAUGCUGUGUGUUGGCCGCAGUUGAAGUUUUUGGGAUUCCCACUGUAAUUAUAUAUUUGGCCACUUGGGAAAUACUAAUAUAAAGCUUUUCUGUAGAGUAAAAGAAAUCUCCUUUUUAACCAGGGAGUAGCAAUGACCCUAUUUAAUAGAAACACGGUUAGGAAGUCUUACUUGUCUGACUGUAUUACAUAUUAUCUGGGCCAGUAGGAUUACUUUAUUUUUAUUCAUCAGUUUUGUUCCCUCUGGUCUUCAAGCCAAUAUGUGUCUUUCUGGCUGGAUUCGGUAUAAACAUGAAAUGGGUAACUAACAGAUCCUGCCCUGGGGCCAGGAAGCACAAAAUUUAACUUUAAGAAGAGGCCAGGACAGCCACGUGUGUACAAACAAUUAAUGAUUUUCAUGAUGACUUCUCUAACUUGAGCUAAAUGUUCACCAGCACGUUCACAGGUUACGUGGUGGCAGUUGGACGUGCAAUUACGAAGUUGUUACGCAACAGUGAAUACCAGGGGCAGCAGUAAAUGCGUUCUUAUACAGAGAAAUGCCUUGAAAAAGAAAGAUUGCAGCCCUGGUGUGUCGUGUAAGCCUUUCAUCACUUAGCAGAGCUUUUGUAUACGAGUUCCUUUAUGUUUCCUGUGAGAGGCCAUGCUUGGCGCUCAUCUCUUGGACAUUUGGGGCUGUUUUGCUUUCCAUGUGGAACAUCAAGCAAGGACUGACCGGUCACCCGGAGCUUCCCUUGCUUGUGCACCCUGCAGGGUUAUUUUUUUCCCCAAAGUGUGGACCUCGUCUGAACUCCACGUCGUAGCCUCCCUGCUCCGUCUCUUGACUGCUUACACAGGGUCUGGACCUGGUUGUUUUGAAGGGUGACCUUUCCGUCAGGGCCAACUCGCUGGCGUGGGAUCAGGAAGCAGAUUCCUGACUCGGUCCAGACGUCUGCUGCUGGUAAAUUGUUGUAGUGCCCUCAGCCUAAACACUGUAUGGUAAACCCCACAUCAGAAAUUACCUGGAUGUGUGGAACUGGGUUCCUUUCUUUGUCAUAUUAGUAAGGAUGUAAAGGUAAAGGUGGUUUUUUUGCCCUGACCUGGAGGAGUUGGGAAUCAACCUGCCAGAGCAGGAGGUAUAUAUUAGAAUUAUGGGUGGUUUUGUUGCCUUCAGUGCUGCUCAGAGCUUCUUGCUCGCUGGAAACAGCUUAGCAGAGAUGCUGGGAGAAAGGCUGCAGUGGACACAACUUUCAUACACUUGUUUGCAGACAGAUUAAAAACUGCUCAGGAGGUCUUACAGGCUUCAAAAAAGGGAUGGUUGGAGAUAAAGCUCCAUCAGGGGACAAUGAUAAAAGAACCGAGGCUGAAAAUGAAAGAACUUCUGGGUGAUAAGAGGAAGCUCCUGUGUUUUGAGAGCUGGACUUCAGCUAGAUAAAAAUCUUAAAAGCCCUGUGCAGAUUGGCAGAACGUCUUGCCCAGGUUUUGCUUAAUUUUCCUUCUGCCACCCAGGCUGUAGGAAGCAGUUUUCAUGCUUCCCUGGCAGCAAGAUUUUUGAAUGUGGGAAACCUGAUAGUGUGUCUGCUUAACUCCCAGACUUUGGCCUGCUGCCCUUUCUGGUUUCCUUAUGCAGUAAGCGCAGUGAUGGGAAGAAUGUGCUUCUUACACAUGUAGUCGUCUCGGUGAUAGUAAACUGUGACACUGAUACCGCGUUAGCCUACCUCUGCCUGCAGAGCCGCUGCUGUACGGGGGGGUCACCCACAGGAUAACAAGAAGUCUGCCUGAGGUUUGGAGUGCAAAAGAGAAACUAGAUGUGAAAUCAGUGUGGCUUUUUUUUUUUUUAUUUAUUUGUGAGAAACUGUAGAUGUUUGUUCUAAACCGUCAACCUAAUGCACGUUAAUCUAAUUUACUCCACUGAGGCUUUUGCAGCAACUGUUAACAUGCCAACAGAAAGCCUCCUCUAAUUUUACAAAUUAAUCAGUUUUAACUGUACUUAAUGUGGCCAGUUUGCCUGCAAAAUAUAGAGGUUUUGCUUGGGUGUUUAAAAAGCUGUGCUACAACUAUUUGAAUGACUUGCAGUAUAUGUACACAAAAAACCCUUCUGAAUUUUGGAGGCUUCCCCUUGCAAUUUUAUACUUGGAAAACUGCUUUAGUGUCAUUUUGUAUGAUGUUCAGGUCAAUAGAAGGGAAUUUAAAUAAUGCAAGUAAGAAUAGCUACCCACUAGGAAGGCCCAGUCUGUAUAUGCCACUGGUGGCUUAUUGAAUUGAACUUGUAAAGUCUGCCAAACAAAACCAAAAUGUUUUGAAUUACUGAAAUGUAAACUGAAAAUAUAAAGGCCACGAGCUUGUACUGGAGACAAAAGACUUCUUAAAUUAUGAGAAAAAUAUUUUGUUUUAUUUGAAUUUUGAUAUUUUUAUUUUGUUUGGUUUUAUUUGGUGCAUACAUUUGGGAAAUCAGCUUGCUGGAGUUGCGUGCUAAUUUCAGACUUUGCUUUCCAAUGGUCCCAAGUGGAAAUGAAACUGUAGGCAUGCUAAAAAUGAAUUUAAGAUCCUGAGAAAUCAAUGGCUAGGACUCAUAGGUCUUGAUACUGCAAAAUACUGCAUAUUCUGACAUCCUUUUGGAAGUGGAGUGCUCUGCAAUGUGCAGAAUUGGAGCCAAGAAGCCAUCAAGCCAGGUAGACGUGGCCUGGGAAGUGAUUUGGCAAACACUUCAUCAUGACAGAGCUAUUUGUGCUGGUAAAUGCUUACAGGAUCCUUAUGCCUUGGUCCUGAGCUACAGCCACGCACAACUGCAGUGGAGAAGCCCGAUUCAAAGCCUAAUUAAAUUGGGGAAUGUUUGAAUUGGCUACACUGGCCUUUGGAUUAAUUCUUGAGGCUUCAGUUCUGAAGAUGUCUUUUACUUAGUGUGUAAGGAACGUAUACACUGAAGAGCAUGAUUUCUAAUGGUUGUUGUUAUUAGAGAGUUCUUUGUUUUUCUGCUGGAAAGUGUAAUUUAUGAGAGAGAAUAUUUCUAAAAUAUUUCAGACAUUUUGUGUAUAGUGCAUGUCAGGUGGCAAACUGCUCAUUGGUGUGGUGUCAUACAAAGGGGUGUUUAUUAGCACUCAUUAAGACUGUCUGGUGUAGUUCUGCCACUUCUCAAGAUGGUCGUUGUAGACUGUUACCCCAGGGAAUCUGAUAAACCAUGACAUGGUUUCUCAUAAUAUACUUUGUAAUUGGGCGGUAUCACCUGUGUAUCUUUGGUGGAGAAGUGGAGCCAUAUUCUCCUUCCCACAACCAAAUUCAAAGCCUAUGUCAGAGGAAGAAGUGGAAGAACUUCAGAAGUCCCAAGUUAAACAGCAGAACAGAAUGAAUAUUGGAGAAAAAGGCAAAAAAAAAAAUUUGUCUGGUAUAGAGGCAUUUCUAACCCAGAUACAAUCUCCUCUCAACGUGGCAAGCCAGUUGUUAUUACAGACAUCUUUGAUGAUUAAGGUUUUUCAAGUCGUCUUCAAAUUGUGCAAAGAUUAAAACAAACAAACAAAACCCCCACAAAACGGAAUUAACUGUUCUUAGAAGAAUAUUCCCACCUGGACAUCCGACUGAAUUGUUCCAGCACACAUUUUGUUUCUAAUACUUGGUGGCAGGUUUAUAUGUUCAAAUCCUUGUACAAACAUCAAAUAAAGCAUUUAACUAUGUGCUACUGGAAACUAAGGCUCGGUGUUCAACUGUAGUGCCCUCAUUCACUCUUUUCUCUUUUCAGUUUCAUUGACAAAAUGAUUUCAGAUAAAAGGACAUUUCUUAGUUAUGGAUGACUUGUUCUUCUGUGGUGAAGGUGUUUUCCAAUCCUCUGUGUCUCAUGUGGCAUUAUUAAUCUGUUUUCCCAGUCAUACGUAUGAAUGUAUAAUAAAGGACGGCAAAAUAGGUCAGCGUCAGCCAGUAUCUCCGUUUCCAAUACUGCUAAAACACCUCACUUGUCAGUUUUUACAUUAUAACUUCCUUGUUGUUGCUUGUUCAUUGUUUCUUUAUCUCUGGAGGUCAGAGAUGAAUUUUAGAAAGCAGGUUUUCAGCUUCCCUGACGAAUAUAUUAUUGUUAAUUUCCAUAUGGUACCAGACAAGCAUUUCUUCCAUUUCUUUAGCAUUGUCGUUGAUUGUUUGCUAAAGAGUUGUGUGGGUACGUCUGCAUUUCUGUCCCUUGGAGAAUGAAUUGGAAAACCCCCUAGUAACAGCUAAGGGGAAGUUAAUAUUAUACCUUCCCAAUAUUGAAGGGAGAGUAAGAAAGUGUUGCAGAUUUACCUGAAAUUACCCAGUUAGAGGGACUGCUGUAAGGAAUGAAAGGGAAGAGAGCAAUUCUAGUUGGGAAGAAUGCUUUAACUCACAGGAUGGACAUGAUGUCAGGCAUGAUAUUUUCUUCAUUGGAGUGAGUCAGAUUUUUGUUCUGUUUGUCUGGGUCUUUCAAACAGCAACAGAGGAAUGAUAAACACUGGGACUGGAACCUUCUGAAAACGAAGCCACUUUUUCCUCAAGAAGAAUUUUACUGCAUGUGGGAAACUUGCUCUGACCAGAAUUGCAGACAUUCAACAGCCCUAUAUUAUUUAAAGAAUUGAGGGCAUUCAUUCUCUUUCACUCCAAGCAGGGGUUUGCUGUACUUGUGGUCAUCCUGAGCAAAUUCUUGUGUCUUUAUUUGUGUGGUUUUUACUGCAUUAGGCCAGUAGCAUUCAAUAAACAAUGUUAACUUUAUGUAGCUGUUAAAUACACUGACCUUUAGUAACAGUUUGCACAAGCCAUGCACAAUGUGAGUAUCACUGAAAUAACAAGGCUCAUUUAAGUAAGUUGCUGUGCUGCAAUCAAAAAAUGACAUUUCUAUUACUGAACAGAUGCUUCAUCAGUGAGAAUGCUGCUAUUUCUCAGAACUCAUUCUCUCCUUCCAUCUUUUGAUGGUUUGGUGUGGUAUUAUUUCUCUUUCAGCCUUGGUUUCCUCACCUGAAAAAUAGAAAUAAAAAUUCCAUGUCCUCAGGAAUAACCAGAUUAAUAUUUGCUCAGUGCUUUGAAGCUGUAUGGUCCCAUGAUACACUGUACGGGGUCAACGUGACUAUUGCUAAAUCACACUCUAGUCAGAAUUACAGUCAUUAAUAGCUCUGAGUCUGGGGAAAGAGUCACUGCAAAUACUGUAACAGCUACUUUAACUGUUUCCUUUUAAGCAAACAAAACCUCUUGACGUUUCUGCUGAGCGGGUUAUAAUGGCUUAACUUAUUAAAAUGCCGCAGAGUGUGUUGUUCCUUGCUGGCCACAGUAGCCUUUUUUCUUUUAAUUGAACCAACAGAUUAGUGAAAUUCCACCAAAAAUGAUGGCAGUUCUUCAGCUCAGUGGAUUUGGGGAAUGGUUUUUUUGCUGUUACUCAAGCGUUUGCCCGAGAACACGCAGCAAAAGCAGAAAAGGGGAACCCAGAAUCAGUGACGCACGGUUGAUAAUUCUGCUCCCCAUUCCCAGUGUUAACCCCAUUGGCUUUGGGUUUUCAGCACAUUAAUCAGCUUUACGGAGGGGAAGUGACUUGUUUUAACGAAAUUGAACUCUGUAUUUCCUCAUGGGUUGAUGCUACUUUGAGAGACUGGAAAUGGGGACAGACUGAUUUCUGGUGGGAUACAUCCAGGCAGAUGUAUUAGGGGUUCACAGUUUCACCAUGACAAGUAACCAUAAAGGGGUAUUUUUGGCUUCAGAACCUCCCUGUGCAAUAUGUGGUGUGCCUCCUUGAGAUAUAAACAGUGCGACUACAUGUGCAUUAACAUUCUGCAAAGUGAAUGGGAAAAAUGGGAGAGGGGGCAGCCACAAGAUCCGAGGAGUUCUUGGCUAUAAAAAUUACUUAACAUAAACUUUUAAUGUCUUGGAUUUACCAUCUGUAAAGUGGAGGUAAUUUCUCCAUGCUAAAUAACCUAAUAAUGGAAAAACAAAAGCAAAACCAGCGCCCCCAAGAAAUAGCAGAGCAAAAUGGAGUUGGAGAAGCUAUUAAUCUUUUUCUUAGGUAUGAACUGGUCAGAAAUUCUUCAGUCAAUCCUUUCCUUUGCCUUUUACAAAACAGAAAGUGUUUCCUUAGGAAAAUGAAAAUAUUGCAAAUAAAACCACAACACUAGAAGAGGGAAGUGAAAUAUUCCAAUUUAGUUAAAAUCUGUGUGACAGUGUGGGCUUAUGUUCUCUUUGGUGGACAACUAAGAAAACAAGACUGGUUGCCAGCUGGACGUAGGUUUGGGUAAGUGUGUGCUUGCAAGUGAGAGAUGGCAGGAGAUAGGAUAUGGGCUGAGCCUUUCAUAUAAUUCUCAUUUUGUGGGUCUUGACUUUCUGCUUUGUGAACUAUUGUGAGAGAUAUGCAAGGUGAGAGGUUUAUUAGUCAAAAGAUUCAGGAAGUAGGUUGAAAUUGAGAGACUAAUUCUAACCUUACUCAUGGCCAUCUCUUCUUUUUCACUGACUUAAAAAAGAGAAAAAGAAACCCAACAACGAACCCCAUCUCCUUAGUGUUAGCUCUAAUGAACUGCAGUAGACAGCUCAUUUUGUUUUGCUUUUUCUCUCAACUAAGCUCUAUUGCUGAGGCCUUUAAUUAGGAGGACUCCUCUCCCAGAUUGACAUGGGGACUACGACGAGCUUGAAAAUAGAGGGGUGAAUUUUAUCUCAUUUAUUAAUUUCAGUAGUUGAUCGUAACCAAGCCCAAAUAUAUUGUUUCUAGGAUCAGUGCUGCCUUCUUUUUUUAUCCUUUUCUAUCUUAUUUUGCCCCGUCGUGAUGAUUCUGAUUCAAUAGACAAAAAUAACUAGAAGCAUCACAAGGAGAGUUAUUGGUACUGAGCUGAACACUUUACAGCUAAGGCUCCUGUCGGUGCUUUUCUGGUACAUAAAAAAAAAAAUCACAUAAUUUCAGGCUGGGAAGGUUUUGUUUUAGUGGUUUCCAUGUGAUGGGCGUAUCCUGUGAGGAAAGAAAUGGUGUUUAUCUAAGAUGCACGGCAGCGAACGACAGGACAAAGGUUAGGUGUGUGUUGAAAAGGCUGGGCAUUGAUUUCCUAAAGAUGUUUUUUUGAAAGCUGUAGCCAUCAGGGAGUGGAGACCUUCCUCUAUACGAUUAGGCAUAUUUUGAUCAAAAGUCACUGAAAAAGAUACGUCAAUCUCUCGCACUUAAUCUCUUACACAGAGAUGAUAAUACCGUCCUCUUUCUUAUACUUCAAUGAAACAAAGUGUUGUGCUAAAGUCUGGCUCAGUGAUUUUGCGUGGACUUCACCCCAUAUUUAAGAUAAUUGCUGCAAUACAUUUCUGCCUGAGAAUAAAUUGAUUUCUGAAUGGCGUAAUUAUUUCUUCACUGCUUAUCAGACUGGUCUCUCCAGGCAGUUUGUUUAAAGAUCAGAUCCUUUACGCUUGUGGGGGCACUGCGGGAAGGUUUGUUGUUGGAUUGGUAAACAAUUAAAAAAUCCAAGAUCAGAAAACACUAGGCUUUGUGAAAUAGAGCCUGGUAGGUAUUUAUUUUGACUGUCAGGUUUAAUUAACCUUUGUAUUCCCUCAGUUUUUACAAAUGAUGCAUGGUCUGAACUGGUAACUUAAGAGCAUUAGAACAGACCUUUAGCAGUUCUGUCCUCAGCAGCUACAUGAGCCAGUUACUACUUACUGUAGCAAAACCCCAACGCUUUGUUCCUGCUAAAAAGCCCCGGUAUCGCUCUGCUUUGUCCCUGCAUGUUUCAUUCCAGGCUCACUGAGCUGCCUUUGAUAAAAACAAAAGCAAGGCAGAAUCAAGAAGUGGAUCUGUUGACAGCUAUGAUAGAUCAAAUUCCAAGCCAGGCCAUAGGAUUCCUGAGAAGGGGCUACUUAAAGAGGACUCUCCUUUGAUUAAUUGGAGAUAGGGUGACACCUUGGACGUCAGAACUGUAUUUGAGCUUGGAAUCAGACGCAGAGGGUCAAAGAGAUGAGAUGCUUAAGGGCUGAAAUGCGAUUCCGGCCACUUCCCUCGCUCCGUCUCCCCUUUCUGGCUGCUGUACAGACCUGCAGCUCCUGCCUGUGUGGCUUCGUUUUGCUUUCAGCACCAGCUCUGCUAAUUGUGAGUUCACAAACUUGCAGCAGAAUCGGUUGGUUUUCUGGACCACCUGAUGUUUUCUAGUGCUGUCACCUGAGAAAUGGAACUUUUCCACAGCCUUGCAGCUCCCUUGGUUCAGGCUUUGGAAACUUCUACCCCUUGCCCAACUAAACUAGACUUUGAAGACUUGCUGCUUUGCCCCAAGCAAGUUUCUCAUCAAGGACAUAUGUUUUCUGAGUGGUUAAUCACUUCUGCUUGUCUUUCCUGAUAGCAACUCUUCUACAUGGUGUUUUGUGUGGUGGUGGUGUUUUUUAUUUAUUUUCAUUUAUUUUUUUUUCCCAAGUGCAGAUUGCCAAUAUUAAAAAAAAAAAAAAGAAAGCUCUAUGGAAAUUGAGAUUUGCUGCCUUCAGCACUUUAUUAGUGGAUGCUGUGGGGCAACACAAGGAAAUAGCCUACACUGUAAAUGUCCAUUUAGUUUAAAAAUUAAAAAUCUCUGAGUGUUUUCUUGAUGUCUCCACUAGACGGAUAUUUGGUCUUUUCUCCUUCACUUCACUCUUUCCUUGGGCUGUGGACAGGUUUACUUUAGCCAGAGUGCUGACCGAAGAUAAAAGGCUUGGGAUAGAAUUCAGCUUGACUUGAACAGCAUAAAGCUUGUUGUAAAGGCGUCCAAUUAAAGCAGUCUGCUAAAAUCCUUUUGUUGUCAGCUGAAUUCAGUGGCUGCUGAGAGCAAUUCAUACUUAUUUAGUUAUUCAGUGUUGAAAGGGCAGUCAGGUAGUCAGGGCUCAAAUCAGGCACUUAUGGAGCACAGGUACUCCAGUGCAGGUGACACUGGGUCUGCCUUUCUAUAACCAUUUUGUAAGGUCUUGGUGGUAGUCUUGAGUGUGUAACCUAUAGAUUGAGAGACCACAGGGCUUUUUUAACCUGUAUGUUGAAUUCUCUUUGUCCCCAGUGCACACACAUCACGUGAGGUUACAGGUUGGGAAUCAGACUGUCCAUCAAUGUACCUGCAGCUGUUUUGCUCGGUAGGCACUUUGUGCCACUGAAUCCCAAACAUCUUGGGGAGAUCAUCUGACAGAACUAAGGCUUUUAAAUUAUACAGGACCGUUUUUUGUAAGACAAGUACACUUUAAAAGUAUUGAAAGAGUCAAUUUGAAACUGUAUGAAAAACUCCAGUGAUGAGGAAAUUACUAAUUAAUAAAGGUUUAAAAUUGUAUCCCAUUUUGAGUCUGGCCUACUUUGAUAGUGACCAGAAGCUUUCAGUAUGUAAAGACUCUUCAGCUGUUACCAACACUGAUGUUUGGGAGUCUUUUUUCCAGUUUUUGAUAUUUUGAUCGUAGAGAUGCCCCAAAACAUUGCUGUUCACUGAGCUCCUCAGCAAGCUGGUGACUUGCCUCAUGAAUUAAUUUUGUCCUGCCCAGAUCUGAGAAAUAUGAACAGGGACACCGAGAUGAUGACAGUCCUUUGGCAGGUGUUUCUCCCCAUAGCUGCUGGUUGGACUCCCUUUUGAGUGUUAUUUUUCUGAGUUCAAAUUAAUAAUACUUAAAACAUUCUGUAGAGUUUCUAUCAGACACCUGAAGGCUAACUGUUGGGGGAAAAUAAAUUAUUACAUGUUCCUGUUCUGGAGCAGCGUCUUGGGAGUCUUGUUUAUAUUUUAGCAGAAUUAUAAAUCCAAUGCUAUGCUAAACUUAGUGAAAAGGCUGGGAAGUGGUUUAGUAUAGUGAAUAGUGCUGCGUUGUUAAGCAGUGGGGUGCCUUCAGUAAAUUCAAGUGACCUUGCUUUUAAAACAUACUUCUUAAUUGAGGUGAUUCUGCAUUGAAAAGUGGUGAAGACGAAACACUUCUUCAAAAAAAAAAGAGGCAAGUGGUGCUGGUGUUAUGGCCAGAAGGGCUCUCUGUGGUAGAGUAGUCUUUACAAAAGAAAUAAUUAUGCAAAAACACACGCUAAGAACAACUUGGUUGAGGGAUUUGAGUCAUUACCUGAGCAUAAUGACCAAAGUUUGAACCCAACAUGCAACCAAGAGGCCAUUUAAAACAAUUAUGUAUUUUAAAUGGGGAGACAUAUAAGGCAGCAGCAGCGUAACUUUCCCAGUAGUUUCCCUGUGGCCAAAGGCCUUUCCACCUCUCCACGUGCCAUAGAUGAGCUGCCAUGGAACUCGCACAGGUGCUACCAAUCUUUAAAAGCCCAUUCCAAAACCCAGACUGUUAAGAACUGAUUUCCAGCCUUGGUUAAGGUAGGGCUUGAAUGUGACCAGCUGAAGGAUGGGGUCCUGCCUGUGAUGUGACGCUGCUCAUGUUCUCAGAUGUGUGACAAAUGACCAAGGACCUUAGCAGGAGGCUGUAUUUUCAUGUAUUGACCAUGGGAAGAGAUUAUUAACUUUGUAAGCUUGUUUGUCAUUCUGUUUUGAAGGAGCUUUGCAGUUUUCACUGAUGAUGCUGAACAAUAUAAAGUUGUCUGAUUUUGGACUUGGUUGGUAUUCUUUUUUCUUUUUUUUCUUUCUUUUCUUUUAUGGCUUUUGAGAUUGGCCUUAGAAUAAGCCUCGAGUGGCUGAUCUUUUUGUGGCUGGAUCAUUGUUUGUGAAAAUGAGCAGUACUGCCGAGUUACCAUGGAAGCCAUGCAAAUGGGAUUUCUGGAGCACAUGUUGCAAUGGCAGGGACACAGGGCUUUUAUUUUAAAAAGCUGCUUUUCCUUGUUUGUAAAUGACACGUGGUUUUGUUUACAUAAAUGAUCUAUAUAAUCCACUUAUGUAUGUUCUGUAUGUUGAGCAAUCUAUUUUACAGACAGUUAAAAAUCUAACUUUUUUUUUAGGUUUUUUGGACUGUUGGGAAGAUCUCAAAACUGUAAUUUCAUAAUCCCUCAGCCUCCCACAAAAUUAUUUUGCUAAAACUUUGGCUUUCUCUAAUGUGUGGUUUUCAGGUUUGGCAGCACGGUAGUGCUUCCAUUGUCCAACUCAUGCAAUAAUAACAGAUUAACGUGAGGCAGACCUGCGUGCUAGAAAUAACUAAUUUAGUUGUCUCUGGAGCCUUUGAGUUUUUCAUACGCUUCUGAGACAGGGUCUUCAGUGCAGUGCACGAGGGAAUGGAAUGUUCAUUGGUUUGUGUAUUCCCAGGAUCCUGGUGGGUGUGAUCCCAGGCUGGUGCUGGUGGCUGUGGUGCUGACAGCAUCAUCAGGGGCUUUGCAAUCUUGCAGCGAAUGGUACCUUGAUGGGUUCAGGCCAAGCGUUGCAGGGAGGUUUUUUUCCCUAAUCCCCUGUGAAGGAUCAGUCUGGUACAAUGGCCUUGUAGUAUUUUCACUGUUAUUUUAAUCUUUCUUCUCUUUCUCACUGCACUUUGACACCUCUGAAUGCACAUUUUCUCCAGCUGCUCACACUCAUUUCCAGGGUCUUGUCUGAAUGCUGAAGGUUUCAGGUGUUAUAUUUAUGGUAAGACAUGAAAAAACCUUGAAGAUGGUAGUGCUGUUGAAAGCACUUUGCUUCUGCCCUUUCCUUCUCUUCAUCUUGGAACAGCAAUAGACCUUGGGUGGGCGUCUUCCCAUUUUUAGGUGAGGUAUUGUGGUAAUAAUGUGAAAAUAAUGUAUUACCUAAUAUAGAACAGUUCAGGAAACAAUAUGAUGCUGACGUUGCACUUUUCCACUUGUGUUUUGAGAUUGGUUGUUUCCUUCUAGAAGAAUACGUGUCCUUGGAUAAGGUUGUUUGUUCCAUAUAAAUAACCAAGCAUGUCAACCUGGGUAAUUCCCUGAUCAGAACAUAGUCCAGGUUAUUCCUAAUCUUACUGGAAAAGCCACACCAGCUCACAUCGCUGUAGGUUACACUUACAGGUAGUAAACCAGCCUGUGAAAUGAAAACAGAGCAAUUUUUUUUGUAUGAGGAGUAAACACAAGACUGCGCUAAAUCCUUUUCAGGUGUACCAUAUUCCCCUAUAAUAUUGAUUACUAACCAGCUCUUACCUGACAUCUCAGAAUAUGAUUUAUAGAUAUUGACCUGCACAGGAACUUGGCAGGUGGUUGAAAAACAAACCUCAUUGCCUGGGCCCCCACCCCUCCGAGUUGUCCCUCUGCCAUCCAAACCCUGGUGGGUUCCUGGGGCCGGUGCUCACUGGGCAGUGUGAUGUCCUCUUAACUUCGCCUUUUGUACAAGUGAUGUUCCCACAGAGUGGAAUUGGGUCCUGAAAAACUCCAACCGUGGUCGUUGCUUUGAACUCCAGUUCAUACUCCUCAGGUGCUGAAGCGUCUGUGACAGACACACACGUUCAGUAUUUCCUGUUUAAUUUUAGAUGAACUGGAAAUGGGAUAUGAUUUCAAUGAAAAACAGUGCCAGAGGGGUGAAGAAAGUGUUGUUGAGAUGUAUGAGGAAAAACAAUGUUGUAUCAAGUCAAGAAUUAGUCGUGGUUCCUCAAAAAUAGGCAGUGACUCUGUUCACUUUCCUAAUUAACCAAUUUUAGGUUAAUCCAUCAUUAAUUCUGCUUGAACGUGAAAUCUUUGAGUGGGUGUUUACUUCUGCUCACUUGCAGUUGAUCUGUUAGGACGUAAGUAAUGUUCACAUGUCUUAGCAUAACAACUUUGUGUUAGGUGAGUGAUCCUCUAGGAAUUUUUGAGCUGCAGCUGACCCUGUAUUUAGUCUUCAGAAUGGUAUUUAUUUUCUCUUUCAACCCUAGCUUCUUUCCCUGUAAAACAGUAUUAAUCUUUAACUCUUUGCACAAUAGAUUGUGAGGUAUUAAUCAUCUAAUGUUCUUGCAGUGCCUCUUUGGGCUGGCCUUCAGUGCAGUCGUCACUCCGAUGAGUAGGACUCAUGUCACUCGUGUCGUGGGGCUGGGAUGGAGAAAGGAGUGACUGUUGUGUGAGACAUCGGGAGCCGUGCAAGGGAACUGGCUCAGCAAGACGUGGUUGAUGAGUUACCGGUGUCACGGGGCAAAGAGGAAACCUGAGUUACAGUUUGAGCUUGCGAGUAUGAUCUUUAAGUCCUUACAGGUGGACCUGUAGAAUUAUUUGUUUUUACUCCACAGAACGUGGCUUGUCCCUGUGCUAAAAAAAUAGAAUCCUAACCUGAAAUACAAUAAUGCAGUCAGCUGUUCCUGAGUUAAUUUCAAGGAGGAAAAGACAAUUUAGGAAAAAAAAAAGCAGCAGCAAUUAAUAAUAAUUUGUAUUAAAACCAGCUUCUGUUGGUCAAUGUUGACAUAUUAAUUUGAAACCUGCCACUCCAAAUAAGAAACCCCAUGCUGGGAGAAGAAAUAUAAAACCACAAUGGUCACUUUCCACAUGCUGUCUAAAGUCUCCCAAUAGCUGUGGCCUGUUCCUUUGACUGCAUGGUACACAAUUUCUGGGUUGUGCCAGGGUUAUUGUAGUCCUGGCCUUGGAGAUGGUUUUACUGUGGAAGGAGGAAUAAGUGCAUUACAACUGGAGUGUGCUAAAAGUUUGUUCAAACCUGAAAAUUUAUUUUUUUGGACUUUAAUUUUUAUUGCCUGCUUUUGUUAAAAAAAAAAAAAAAGAAUUUUAAUGUAAUUGAAGAGAUUUUGUAGUGGAACUGAUCUACGUGAUAUUUCUUUCCAGAGGAGCUGUGAGUUGGUGGAGGCUGGAAAAGUAUUAGAGGGUAAAUCACUGUUUCCCUAUUCUUGGAGGCACAUUGAUGGACAGUGCUGGAGGAGGAGGACAAGACAGAUGUUUGAGCUCAUCAGUAGGGCUUUCUUCUGUUCCCUCUCUGCCAGGGAUUAAUGGGGCACAAUUCUGGCAAUGGGUGCUGGGAAAGAUGUCAUCUAAAAAAGAGUAUUUAGUUUGGUCAGGGUAUUCUUGUGGACUGAGGGAGUCUGGAUUUUGAGUCUUUGCCCUGAGGACAUUGCUACAUAGAUAAGUUAUUGCAAGGUAAGCAGUGGUGAGAAAGUACACUUAAUUAGCUCCUCCUGCGUGAUCUCAUGUGUACACUAAUAAGAACUUUAUAAAAGUCAGAAAAUUGGACAGAACACAACUUGAACUUGAAUCUCCAUGUUUUUGCCUGAAAACUCUGGCUGUACAGCGUUUACUUCUGUUCUUUCCGUUGGGGUCUGACAGAUGGAACUACCUUGCAUGUUUGUUUGCUUUUCUUUUUAUCUUUUUUAUUUAUAUUGGGAACAUAAAAAGGUUGCCACAGAAUAGUUUGAAAAUAUAUAGUGGGAUUGUUUGCGGUUAAAAUAAAAUUGCUUUUACCUCUGAAUUAAAAUUUCUUGACUGAAUAAAAAUUCUUCUGCAGGAUAAGAACAAGAAACAAAAAAUAUCCUUAGAUAAGUGCUAUGGUUGUACAGGAAGGAUAAAGGAGAAUUACAGGGAGGUGCUGGCUCAUAACUCAAAAUUUGGUUUUAACUUGGAGAUUCUUCUGCUAGUAAAACGGUCGCCAAACUUUUGAUCCAGAUGGAGUCCUGACAGUAAUUACUUGUACGUAUGGUACAGUCAUUGCUACUACUCGCAGCUAUUCUUGAAGAGAGUUGGGUGGUUUUGUGUUAGAUAUCUAUUACUGCUCCCUCUGCUUUCUAGGCAUAGCAUAACACUAUUUUGUGGGAGUAUUGAUCUCUACUGGCGCUGAUACUGCCUGUCUGGCUUCUAGUGCGUCUCAGGAUCCAGCAAAGCUGGUUUUUAUUUUUGACAACUGAACUACAUCUUUUAGGACUUUUUUUUCUUUUUGUUUAUACUCUUUUCAUGUAACUACCCAGAAGAUGUUAAAGCAUCAAGGGUGUAAGUGAAUGAACAGAUUUCACAGAAAAACUACAAGCAUGUUCUUGCAUCUGUGCACCUCGGGUCACAUCUGAUGUGGGUUUUGUUCUCUUUGCACAACAGGUGCUUUUUGGUGAGAGGUGAUGGUGCUGUGACCAGGCAACAAAGUCCUGGAUGGGUGCUGUUAUGUGAGGAGGCCGUGUACCUAGAACAUAGGUGCUGCAGGGUUGUGUCACCUCUGUCCCUUUGUGAAUCUGUCCCCAAGUAUUUCUGCUGUCUAAAAAGACAAACAAAACGUCAGAUAACCAUGGCUCCACAGCAACUAUCAAUAUUCUUGUUGGAGGACUUGGGUCAGAGGCCAAAGAGCAAAGUAGCGAUGGAAGUUCAAAUGCCACUGGUUCUUGGAUCCAAGAGUCCAGACGUGACUGGAGGAUGUGAGCUGUAUUGCUACGUAUGUAGGGGCUGCUCAGUGGUGAAACAGGGUGGCAACCUCAUCGUGACACCUUUCACCUGCUCGUAUCUGUUGUUCAAGUUCACCUUUGAAACCAAGUCGCUGGUCUAAAUUCUGUUGUGACAACUGGAGUGUAAACAGUCUUUGUUCAUCCGCGUUUAACAAGGAUGCCGGACAGCUCUUUGAUGCCUACAGGGAUUGUUUAACAGCUUCUCUAUUACUUUUUCAAUGUGUGGCGCAAGUCAAAUGCAGCGAAGUUCAUAAGUAGUUCAGCAGCUGAAGAGGCCAGAGGAAGAGCCUACGUGACAAGUCUUUUAGGUGCCCUCCCUGUCCAGUGUGACCAAUGGAGCUUGUCCAUGGAGAGAGGACCAACAUUUUGCCUUGAGCUGCGUGGGUGAACAGUGGGGCCAAGAGCUGCUGAUGCCCUGGGACUGUGUCUAAAACGUGGGGACGUAGCAGUGUAAGCCAAAGGAAGGGAAUGAAAAGCAGUUACUAGGAAAGUAAAUGUCUCAGGAACUGUUCUGAGAGCUCUCGCCUUUCUUCCCCCUUCCCUGCCCUCACAGAAGAAAUGUAAAAGAAAGGGUUUUUUUAACUGUCUUUUCAUGCAACUAUUUUGCCUUAAAAUUGUAAAAAAACCUGUCAGUAAUUUUAAAUUUAUUAAAUUAAAUACUGUGCUGAGUAAUGUGCUGAAAUGGAACGAUUUUGAGCAGAAACACGGAAUACCAGAAUCAUGGCAUCUCUAAAAUGCUGGUUGUGUUGUAGAUACUCAGGUGGUGCCAAAGUGUGGCAGUCUGUCACUUGUGCCUGCCAUUGAAAUUGGUUGUAAAAGUUCUUUUAAAUUUCACUGAACAUCCCGAGGCAAAGUUUUAAGAGGACUGAACUAUCCAAACUGCUAUAUGCAAUGCUGUUACCUAUAUUCUGCUUGUUAUUCUCUGCCUUCCAGUAACCUACUCUUGCAGCUUGUGGGCUACAAGUUCUUUUACCACCUUGAACUUGAAACAUUAUAUUUGAGCUAAUUUUACAGCUGUGGCCAGAACACACAGAACUCUGUAUCUGUCACCAGUUUAUCUUGAUCAUCACAAACAGUAAAAUGCGUGUGAGUUGUGCCCUCGGACAGCCCUUAAUACAUAAGAUUGAAGUUCACACAUGUAAGUGCUGCCACUGAAGUGAAGCAGCACAUCCUGUUUAAUAACUUAGGUCCUCAUUUGUUUGGGUUGAUUUGCCCAGCAUGACCACUGAAAAAUUUAAUUAUGUAGUUUCUUUACAUUGUAGGCUUGCACUGCAUAUCAGAUUUCUAAUAUUUGGAGAUCUUUGUGGGGACACAGUUUCCUUCUGUUACUGUGUAUUUAAUCUUAUAUAAAUGUAAAACUGUAUAAUUGUAGUAGCAAUUGAUCUUACAGUUCAGAUUUAAAAUGACAGACAUUAAAAUGCUCCUAAUCUCCUGCCCCGCUCCCAUUUAUCUUACUUUUGGGAAGCUACUUCAAAGUGUCAGUAUUUGAUUUAUGCAGUGGAGAGGUUACUUGUUUUAAAUCCAAACACUAAAACAAGUUUAUAGAGUUAUUUGCCAGCAGAAAUUGAAACACUGGUUUGCUGCUGGUGUGGUAUUUGCAACUAAUUGAAUUGUGGAUACUAAGAAAUGAGUAGCUCAGCUUGACUUCUUGGCACUGCAGAAUUUUUACCCUGGUUAGUAAUUUUGAAGAUUUGCUUGCAAACAAUGGUUCAAUGGGCGCACUCACAAAAUUGUGUGGGUAGUGAUGUCAGAAAAAUUUACCAGCUGCAUGUUAUCCAGAAGCCUAAAUCUUCUGCCUCAGAAAUGUAAGGAGAAUGAGAAUGAGAACUGAAGUGAUCUAUGGGCUUUGUAAGGAUGCCAGUUAAGAGAAACUGAAGGAGAUACUAAUUUGAUUUUUUUUUUUGCUAACAGAAAGCUAAUGGUAGAAAAUGGAAUAAUUUGAUGCAUUUUUAAUAGUUCUCUAAAUCUUGACCAGUACAUUAUAUUCUAUGAAAGGGACAUUUGAAAUGAUUUGGCUUGCCGUUAUGUUCUAUAAAUUUGAGUAAGUACACUAGCGGUUAGCUAACACAAAUAAAAUAGAUAAUACAGGAGCACAGGCUAGUAAAAGCGUUGCCAAAGGAAAAACAGAAGAAAGAGGAAAAAUUGGAAGUAAAUGUCUCUAAAGAUACUGGGAGCUAUCAUCUUCUAACCUCAUUAACUGCUUUUCUUUUCCCCCUAUUUGGAAGUGUCUUACCUCAAAGGUAAUUUGUUUCAUGCUCAUUCAACAUUAAUGGUAUUCAUUUUUAAUUAAUUUAACAGUAGCAUUGUCCAUCUGUCAGUGCAAACCUAAUCUGUUAAACAGAUAAAAUCAACAUGUCUACAAGUUCAUUGUAGGUCGGCAGGCAGCAGUUGUGUAUAUGUAUUCAGGGUUCUCUGUUAAAUAAUGCAAAGACUUUUAUACAAAUACAGAAGUGCAGGGACUUUUGAAACUGAAUGUGCCUCGAUGUGAUAAUACAAAAGGGCAGAUAAAGUGUCCUGGCUCAUGGUAUGCGCGUACCUAAAGCUGAUAAUCUCCGUGGCCCAAAUCUGAAGUUAGUCUUUUAUAAAAAUGCCCAGUUUUUCCAUAGAGUGGAGCCCCUUGGCGAUGCUGAUGAAGACUGCUACAGAAUGCCCCGCGUUUCUCAAAUUUGGCCUCUGGUUCAAUACCCUUAUUUGGAAACCCCAUCUCCUCCACGUGUACCGCCCCCCCAGUUUGGAUUACAAAAGGCAUUUUGAAUGGAAACAAUUGCUGGAUGUGCUUUGCUUUUGCACUUUUUAGAGUUGGCUGUGUUGUCGUGAAUAGAGGAGCACGUAUACGUAUCUGCGAGAACACUCAGCUGCUUCUGAAAAUGUCACUUGUGCUACUAGAGGUUGAGAAUUGCUUUCUGUUAAAACAGUUCGAAGUAAGGCAAGUGUUUUAAAACUAUUCCAGUUUCCUAUUUGGCUGCUAAAAUAUGCUUUUGAACAUCAGUUAAAUUUAACGCUGUGUUUUUGGUUUGGACAAAGAUAAGCAUCGGCAGCAUGAGGAGGGCAGUUUCCUUUGCUACACUUGAAGCAGUGUCUAAAUGGUCCUUAUGAAAUACCAGGGAGUCUGUCUGUUUUGUACACAGGGACCUGACCGGUGGGAGCCAGAGCAGCACUGGCUCUCAAGAGUGUGCAAAUAUGGGCCUAGAUUCCACAAGGAUUUUUACUUUUGCAGUAAUCUGCUUCAGCAGCACCUUAAAGUGGGCUCGUGCGUCUCACCACGCUGCUGUUUGAACUGUUGGCUGACCCAGUGAUACUUGGAUAGAGAGUUUACUCAUCUUUAUCACUUGAGUAGCACAGGUCCUGUAUUCUCAGCUGUUGUUGGGCUUGGAAAGGAUAAAACACAGAAAUAGGUCAUUGCUGCUUGAAAUUCUUUCACAGCCAGGCCUGACCGUAGAGGAAAACAACUGCUUUUCCACAUUUUGUAUGGACUCUGUGCUUUGGUUUCAGCUUUGACUUGCUUUUUAGCAGUUACCUAAGGCUGAAUGGCAUGGGGUAAUUUCUGUCCAUGCUUCUGCUCGUAGCUGAGCUUGCUGUGUUUGCAUUUCUUCUCUGUCUUUGAAUCGGGAUCCUUUAAAAAAAGGCAAAAAUACUGUAGAGUUGGGGAGUUAUUCAGUAUUAUUGGGUAGUGUGAAUGUGAAGCUGAAAUGACUUGUUGACUUCACUGGAUUGAAUUGUUCAGUUUGGGUAGGUGGUGAAAGUUAACUUCCAACCAGCUUUCAUGGAGCUGUAAAAUGUGAAAUUACUUGUCAUAAAUGUUGCCCAAAGUACUUGUUUUAAUUUCUGUCUUGUCAGAGUUGCUGAGCAAUUAGUGGAAACUAGUGCAUGCAUCUAUCUGAAGUGGGUGGCUGCCUUUUCAGUUCAGUCUGCAAUGCUGCUACGAGCUGGUGGUGCUCAGCAGUUUUGAACGUCUAGUCCUGCAAAUGUCUAGUCCUGAAAUCCAGGGUAUUUGUAUUUGUCUGUUCAUUCUUCUCUAAAGGAAAAUACCCCUGGUCAUUCUUAACACAAUGCAAAGGUGGAUGCUGCAGGUCAAAUCUUGGCUAACCAGUUGGAUGUGUCUUGUGAAGCCAAAUCAAAUGCUUGACAAUCAAACGCUUUGUAAAAAAAAACGCCAAAAAAAACACCCCAGACUAUAAAUAGAAGCAAAUCUUCUAUAGUAUAAAUCUGUGCAAAGGAGAGAGACUGAGUUUAAAAGCAAAGCAGAAGUUUUAGAAAAGGGAAUGUGAAUCCAGGGGGUCUUUAGAGGAGGUGCCGUGAUGGGAACGAGGUGUUUCUGAGCUGGUGGAAGGGGCCGCCGCUCCAGCUGACAGAUUUUGUCAGUGCGAAGUUGUCUCUGUGCUGGCUGCAGCUCCCCUGGCCUCCUGUCCGGUCCCUGCCGCCCCCGCUCCAUCCUUUGCCUGGGUGGUCCAGCUGUUUGCAGGCAGCCUGGUGAGUGAGGUCAAGAAAUUCAUCAGCACCGAAGAAAAAGGAGAGGGGAUUAUUUUUGGCCUGGAUCAGUUCCCUGAUCCCAUUUACCUUCCAGGCCUGCAAAUGGUUGAACUGGCCCAGUUGAGGGGGCAAUGGUAGUGCAGAAAUGGGACGCAAGAGGAGGGGAAGGGUUAGAUCGUGGCUCUGCCCAAGAGAAAUAGUCCAUUUUUGCUGACUGUAGGUUAAAUAAAGAACUUCAAGCUUGGCCUCUUGGCCACAAGUUUACUUUACGUUGUGCUGGCUCCUGUAAGCUAGAGAGGCGGCUCUAUCACAUUCAUUUUCCAAGCACCAGAUUAUCUUUAAAAAUAAAAGCAAUGUGAUCAGCUCAGUAAAUUUCAGUGCUAAGCUUUCUGGCAUGGAUAGGAUAGGCUGCCUAGCGUUCAUCCAGUUCCGGCUGUGUUAGGACAAAUUCAGCUUUAUGAGCUUCGGUGUACAUAUAUGUUCUUGCCGUGCUGUUCCUAUAAAGAUUAUAGAUUAACUAGAGUUCUAUGAUAACUACAGUUUUAUUAUUGGGAGUUUUUAGAACUAAAACUUUGCUUGAAUUCUCCCUUAAAAAAAAAACAAAAGGCGGGGGAAAAAAAGAACAAGUCUAACCAGGGAUGACUGAAAGAAGCAGGAGGAUUCUGCUCCUUGCUCUGUUACUUCUUCAGCCUUUUGCCAUUGAGACCCAAAUUACAAAGACGUGGAGAUGGCAAAACAGCGACCGGUGUGCUCCAGAGAGGCAUGACUCUCCCAUCACAUGCUGAAACACCAGGGAUGUUAAAAUGCACGUCUCCUCCCAGCUCUGUACUGCUGGGAAAGGUGUGGUGCAAUCUGUGUGCGUGUGAGAAGGUGUUCUUUUUUUUUUCUUUUCUUUUUUUUUUUUUUUUUUUAAUCUUCAUCAGGUAAUAUAUUAAAUUUUGGAGGCAACACUGCAAUUAGAGAGGAUUAAGUUCUUGAUUGUCAGAUUGACUUUCAGGGUUGCUGUUUUGUCAAGCCUUGACUUACGAAAGUAAAAUGUAAAGGUGGGUCAAUGACCCUGUAUCCCAGGGAACAUCUCCCUGAGCUCCUGUCAGGCUGAGCAUUUGUCUCUGGAUUGCAGAGGAGAGAAGCAGAUUCUGCUGGCCUCUGUAGCUGCAAAUCAUAGUGCUAGCUGUAGAUUUAUCCUGUAAUAAAAUACCCUACGCAAUGUCCCAGGCCAGCUGGCAUGUUGUACUAACCUUGUAGCUAAAAAGCCAAAAUUCUGGUUUUUAAAAAUCUCAGAUUUUCUUAACAAGGGUAUUGCCAGACACUGCUAACGAGCUUUAUUACUUUUUCAAAAAGGAGUGUGCUUGCAGUUUGUGGAGUGGUGGUGACUGUUAACAGAACUAACUUCAUUGGGGGGAGUUGCUCUCUGCCGUUCAGUAUUUGGAAACUAAUGGCUUAUUGUUGUGAACUCCACUGACAGUACCUACACUGAGACCAGGGGAGUUUCACUCAUAUGCAAGUCUGACACCAGUAUAAUAUCAGAGCUCACUGAAUUGUGAACGUGGAUGCUGUGUUGCCUUUCCAAGCCUGGUACCAUGUACCACACAAAAGUUUGGAAGUUUUUACCAUAGAUAUGUGAAUAAUUGGCCAGUAAAAGCAUAUUGAGAAGGAAGAUUUUUUCUUGUUGCUUUUUCCCACGUGGCUGUUCUGAGUCAGCUGGGAAGGAUUUGCAGGUAUUUAUGGAGUUUGGGCCUCAAACUGACCCAAAUUCUUCACCGGCCAGUAUAUAUAUGUCUGCAGUUGUGUGAAAAGAGAAUAUGUGGUGUAUCUCUCCCUAGUCCAGCGUCUGUGAUGAGGCAAUGUUGUAAAGUUUAGUCCACAGAGAAUUGAUUUUACUUAUUUUCUAAGAGUGCUUUGCUUGGAUGAAAUGGUUUGCCUGAUGACAGUGGACCUGUGGUGGGAUGAGACCUCACACGGGAACAUUCGGAGAAAGACAGCUCAAUUUAUCUGGCUCUACUCUCACCGUCUUUCAAGGAGCUGAGGAAUUGGCAUCUGUAUUUUAUGCUCUCAGUGCCAGCAUCGUCUGCCAGGAACUGCUGCCUUGCUGGGCAGGGCCCUCUGAUGAGUGGAAAACCAAAUGAACACAGAGGAGUUGUUAAUUACUGCAGAUAGACAAAUGGGCUUCUGAAGGACCACCCGUGGCCUAAGCACACUAGUAAAGAUAUGUUUGAACAGGGAGUAUUUGGCUGUGUCUUUGACCCCAUUUAGGCAUGUGAACAAACUUUUCAUGCUUUUUUGACAUGUGUCCAGUUAAUCUCCUGGGAACUCUAUAGAACCUUUUCCUUGAAAUAUUAACAGAAAACUUGUCCUCUGUAUUCCAAUAUCUUCUGGAUUAUAGACUCACAAUCUUUUCAGCACUGUAUGAAGUUUUCAAUUUUUGAGAGAGUAAGAGAGGCAAAGAGGACGGGUUUGAGGUGAAUGCUGGAAUGUGGUGUGGCAUUCUGACAUCCUCACACAAUGGCUUUUGAUAAAAGUUUGGGCUGAUGAAGGUCACGAACUGUGUAAUAAAUCUCCCAGCAAACUCAUGUACCAGGACUAUUAAACUCCAUCAGCUACACUGGAAAUACUGCUCGGCAUGGCUUUCGAUGCCGUCCCUUCCUCCUGCUCUGCUCUCUUCACAUCACGCACCAUCGACCUGUUCAUGGAUUCAGACCUUUGAAUUCAGCCUUUGAAUUCACAAAAAUUGCGCAUAUACAACAAGUUACCCUUUUUUUGGGGGUGGGGAAUGGUACUUCUGUCUUAGCGUAUGGAUUAUGUUUGACUCCAGCUAACACUGAUUCAGUCUGCAAAAUGCCAAGCGAAGAGUGGAGAGGAUCGAAGAGCAUGAAGAGAAGUGCGUGGUGUUCUCUGCGGUUGCUGAAGAUAUCAUUUGCUCAAGUUUGUCAGGAAAUUUCAUGACUGUAAUUUUUCACAGUCAUUAAAACAAAGUGUUAGCGUUUUAGAAAUAGGUAUGUUUUCAGCAAAUGUGAUGGUAAGGUACAUUUGCUGUGGGAGAAAAAAGUACUUUUAUGAUAGUUGGGAACAUACUGAAUUCAGUCUUUUGAAGUACAACAAAUUGUCACGCAGUGUUUUUUACAAAAUUAGAUCUAUUUAAUAUUUUAUUUUCACAGAAGUGUCCAGUGAUGAUUUUUGUAAAUUAUACUUUGUAAAGUACACUUCUGAUUCAGAAAGAAUAUCUGUAUUUAUACCAUUUUCAUGAACUUUUAUCUGGUUCUGAACUUCGAGUCUAAACAAAGACAUUACAAAUAGAUUUGCGAAGAAUUAUUAUCCACUAUUGCACACAGGUGUAUGUGGCCUUUAUUAUGGUGUGCAUUACCGACACAGGAGUUGGGUGGAGACUAUCAUCAUUUUACUAGUUACUAUAUAAGUAGUAAUUACAAACUUGAACAUCUUGUAAUUUUGAACAAUAUUUGACUAAGAGUGAUCUGUGCUUUCAUGACUGUAAGGAUGCAAAUUGUGCUGAAGAUCCUCUCUUCUUCCAGAAUCUUUUGUGCAUGUGUGUGUAUACACAUGCCUGAGUACUUGGGCUGUCCAACUGGGUACAUGGAAAACUCAAUUUCCUACAGUGCUAUUGAAGACGUUCAACUGCUCUCCUGGGAGAAUGCCCCUAAGUACUGUUUACAGCUCACAAUCCCAGGGGGUACUGUCUUACUGCAGGCUGCCAACAGUUACCUGAGGGAUCAGUGGUUCCAUUCUUUGCAGUGGAAGAAAAAGAUUUACAAGUACAAGAAGGUGCUCAGUAACCCCAGCCGCUGGGACGUGGUGUUGAAGGAGAUCCGGACGCUGGUGGACAUGGCGCUGACGUCCCCGCUUCAGGAUGACUCUAUUCAUCAAGCACCACUGGAGAUUGUCUCCAAACUGCUCUCCGAGAACAACAACUUAACCACUCAAGACCAUGAGAGCAUUAUUGUGGCAAUUGCACCUUUGCUGGAAAACAACCAUCCUCCUCCUGACCUCUGUGAAUUCUUCUGCAAGCACUGCCGAGAGCGCCCGCGGUCCAUGGUUGUGAUCGAAGUGUUCACACCGGUGGUACAGAGGAUCCUCAAACACAACAUGGAUUUUGGGAAGUGCCCUCGGUUGCGGCUGUUUACUCAGGAGUAUAUUCUGGCUUUGAAUGAGCUGAAUGCUGGAAUGGAGGUGGUGAAGAAGUUUAUUCAUAGCAUGCAUGGUCCAACUGGACAGUGCCCCCAUCCCAGGGUCCUGCCAAACCUUGUAGCUGUUUGCUUAGCAGCCAUUUAUUCGUGUUAUGAGGAAUUUAUCAACAGUCGAGACAAUUCACCAAGCCUGAAGGAAAUUCGGAAUGGCUGCCAGCAGCAAUGUGACCGAAAGCCUAAUCUCCCCCUCCGCCUUCUGCACACAAGUCCUGACCUGGUCUCUCAAGAGGCCACUUUGACUGAAUCCCGUCUCAAACCAGUUAUUGUCACUUCCAAUGAGAUCCACGUGGAAGUGGAGCGCAACAACACAGCUAAUCAGAAGAUGACGGCCAACGUUGGCAAUGACAGCGAGCCCAACCUGAUUGACUGCUUGAUGGUCAGUCCUACCUGCAGCACCAUGAGCAUUGAGCUGAGCGCCCAGGCAGACAGGAUCCUUGGCUGUUAUGUUGAAAUACUCAAGAUGCUGUCAGACUAUGAUGACUGGAGACCAGCCCUGGCCAGCUUGCUUCAACCUAUCCCAUUUCCCAAGGAGGCUCUUGCACAUGAGAAGUUCACAAAGGAGCUGAAAUACGUAAUUCAGAGAUUUGCAGAAGACCCGAGGCAAGAAGUCCACUCCUGUUUGCUGAGCGUGCGGGCUGGCAAAGACGGCUGGUUCCAGCUCUACAGCCCCGGAGGGGUGGCGUGUGAUGACGAUGGAGAGCUGUUUGCCAGUAUGGUUCAUAUUUUAAUGGGAUCCUGCUAUAAAACAAAGAAGUUCCUGCUUUCACUGGCCGAAAAUAAAUUAGGACCUUGCAUGCUACUGGCUUUGAGGGGUAACCAGACGAUGGUGGAGAUUUUGUGUUUGAUGCUGGAAUACAACAUCAUCGAUAAUAACGACACCCAGCUCCAGAUCAUCUCUACCCUGGAAAGCACAGACAUGGGAAAGAGAAUGUAUGAACAGCUGUGUGACAGGCAGAGGGAGUUAAAAGAGCUGCAAAGGAAAGGUGGUCCCACAAGGUUAACGCUGCCCUCCAAAUCCACGGAUGCGGACCUGGCCCGCUUGCUAAGCUCGGGAUCUUUUGGAAAUUUGGAAAACCUCAGCCUGGCCUUUACCAACGUGACAAGUGCUUGUGCUGAGCACCUCAUUAAACUGCCUUCACUCAAGCAGCUCAACCUGUGGUCAACUCAGUUCGGAGACGCCGGGUUGCGGCUUCUGUCCGAACACCUCACGAUGCUGCAAGUGCUCAACCUGUGCGAGACGCCCGUCACGGAUGCGGGACUGCUGGCGCUUAGUUCCAUGAAGAGCCUGUGUAGUUUAAAUAUGAACAGCACCAAACUUUCAGCCGAUACCUACGAAGAUCUCAAGGCGAAACUCCCCAAUCUGAAAGAAGUGGACGUCCGCUACACCGAAGCCUGGUGAACUCUCCCUGUCUCCGACUCGCCUCUUUUGCUUCUCAUGAGAAGGAAAAGAUUUUUAAAACAGAGAAAAACAAAACCGGAAAAUAACUUUUGGCUAAUACCUGUAGAGCAGUGAGUCCUGGGACUUGGUGGUAGGAGUCGUGGUUGUGGGGUAGAGGAGUGACGUUGUGUGUGUUGGGGGGACCGGGCGAGCCCGGACCCGGAUGGAUUCUUUCAGCUUUGUGAUUUUGGAAUCAACAUAAUUUAAAUUGAAAAGGAAGGAAAAAAAAAACAAAAAAAAAAAAAGGAAAAAAAGAGGACUUUGUAGCAGCAAGAGGAUUAUAAAGAGGAAAAAAACACCUUUGUGGGUUUUAUUUGCCUUUGUGUUUUAUGCCGUGUGGAGAGAAAAAGAAAAAAAGUCAUUUGUCAUUAUUGACCUGGGUUUCCGUGGCUGGCGCCCAUCUAGUCAGAACUCCUCCUUCACCAGUUUUGCUCCAGAAAAUCAAAAUUACAAAAAUCUCAAGAGAAGAAAACCAAAACCAAUAUGAUUUUCACCUCCCGCCGUGUCCUUGCAGUUGUUAUGCAAAGUAAUUUUGUUGUACAUAAGAUUUACAUAAUGCACCUAUUUAAGAAAAUGGUUCACAAAUAACAGGUCUGGGACCUGUCUUUUAUUUAUGAAUUGUUAAUUCUUUUACCCUUUUUUUUGCGUAUAGUACUGUAUAAACUAGUUUGCUGUCUUGUUGUUAUUAUUUUUUUUUAAGGAAAUGUCCUCCUUGAAGAAUUGCCUUUCAGUAAUGCAUACUGUAUUCGACUCCCUCUCUGUCCCAACAUUCAUCGCAUUGUCUUUUGGAUUUCAAAAUGCCUCAAAUGUUAUCAAAUAGGAAGGAAAAUAUCUAUCAAGGGGGGUUGGGUGGGUGGGGGGCGCGGGGAUCAAUAAAAAUUACAUUUCCUUCCGAAGUCUGAAAACUUUCUUCAGUCUUUUAAACCGCCAGGUUUAAACAUGGGAGCUGGGGGAAAAGACGUUUGUUUUGCCAAUGGAGUAUUUGCAGAACUCUGUCGAUUUUACAAGUUGCCUCAGUUGGUUUUCUGUUUACGUCCAAUAUUUCAAAAAGAGAAAAAAAAGCUCUCCUUCCAUGUUGUGCAUCAGCUUUUCCUUUGUUUCCAUCCCCCCCUUCCCUCCUCUGCCCCCCGUCCCUCCCGUACCCGCUCUGUGCUCACAUCGUUCUGCAUGUUCCUCUGGGGAGACGGAAAAAUCGCGGUGUUGCUGAUCCGAUAGCUCUGACCCGUCUGUGAAUGUGACUGCUACCUUUGCCAAAUUCCACGGUUGCAUAGGUGAUGAUUUUUUUUAAAUUGUGGUUUCUUUUAUAACUAUGCUGUUGACUUUUUUUUUUUUUUCCAUAACAAGCCUUCGUUGUACAGAGCUGCUUAUUUAAAAAAAAAAAAAAAGACAAGAAAAAAGAAGUUUUUCCUCUCUUUAACACCUUUAUUUUGUUCUUCGGCACCUCAAGGUUUCACAUACAGCCAAUGUAAUUUUUUAUAUAUAAAUAUAUAUAUAUUUAAUCUUAUUCAAUGGAAGCCAAGCUUUUGUUUUUGGUUUGUUGUUGUUUUUUGGUUGUUGUUUUUUUUUUUAACCUUUCUUGCUAUAUAGACGACCCCUGCCCGAAUCACGUUCUUUCUUUUUUUUUAAACAAAUGAAACAGAAAUUGAGUCUUAACUCAUGUAGUGUGCCAGGUUUUUUUUUCCCCUUCAAAUCCCAAACUGUCCGAGGAUGCAGUUAUGGGAAGAAAGAAGAAAAGAAAAAAAACAAUUAUGCCAACAUUUUCCUUAGCACUGUUGCUUUUACCAAUGGUUUACUACUACUGUUCUGUAGCUGUGUACAAAGAGAUGUGAAAUAAUUUCAGGCAAAAAUAAACUGUAAGUGAAUAUCUUUUA